AUGGUUUCUAUUGGUGGCAGCAACAACAAUUCAUCCAAUGCCGCUGGGCGAAGGGAGAACAUUCAUGCAACAUUGACAUGGCAAGAAAUUACCCAAGCAGUACCACCAGUGGGGAUCCCACUAAUCCCAGAAACUCCACAAGAAGAAUGCCCUCCUGUUCCAGUACCACCGGAUACGGAAUUCACCAAUCCUGGCGCCUUUCCUGUGGAAGGGCGUUUCAUCAGUCAGGACGACAACCUCCAAGAGCAGAAUACUCAAGCACCCAUCAUAGAUGCCCUGGUAACACAUACUAUAAGAGAUGAGAAUGAUGAAGGUUCCAAUCUAUUCCAUCAGAACACAGAGACUACAUUUCCCAAUGAGAGACCACAGCAUGACUGGGGGCAGAAAUUACUCCGACUCCUUUCAUUGGAAGUCAAUGUGGCUCUCUUCACCGUGAUUGUAGUACUCCUGAUAUUUUUGGCAGUUUCCGAUGAUGGACACAGUAGAAACAACAACAAACACAGCAAAUCAAUCAACCAACAAAAUGGGGCAAUUCAUAUUCCCGCAUUAGCAGCAACAGGACCAACAAGUGCACCAACAAGACUUUUGGAUUCACUCAAUUUACCAAAUUUCACCAUCAUGGCUAUAAAAGACCCGAGAUCUCCGCAGCGCAAAGCAUACCAAUGGCUGACUCAAAACAUCAACAAUACAAGUUCUGCCCUAAAGAAUCUACCAAAAUGGAGACUGAUACAAAGAUUUGCUCUGGCCACAUUCUACUAUUCUACAAGCGGAGACUAUUGGGUAAAGCACAAUGGCUGGUUAGACUGGGAAACAAAUGAAUGCAGCUGGGAACAACUUUUGCUUUCCCGGGAUAGUUCACCUGAACUGAACUGUAACAAGAAGGGGGAAAUCAAGGCACUGGCAUUUUGGAAUGCCAAUAACAUGGAGGGGACAAUUCCACCUGAGAUCUCAUUGCUGGGCCAAAGCUUGGAAUCCUUUGAAUUGAAUCGACAAUUGUCAAUCAGAGGGACUAUCCCCACCGAGUUUGGACUGCUGAUAAAAUUGACAAAGUUGGUGUUGAGUUCAACAAAUGUUGUUGGAACACUUCCAACAGAGCUUGGUCUGCUACAACGUCUUGAAAGGCUCCAAAUCACUAAUUGCCACCUUUCUGGGCAAAUACCUUCAGAGGUUGGCAAUCUGGACAACCUAUCGGCAGUGCUGUUGGUAAUGGCAGAUCUAACGGGUUCGGUGCCUAGUGAAGUUCUCCAAUUACCUGGCCUGGUGGCUUUGUCAAUUGAUCAAUGCCCUGGAUUAAACACAGAAUCUAUCCUCCAUGAUGCCAUAGCAAACCUGCAACGGCUGGAGUGGCUGGUCCUGUCAAACAGGACUUUGGGGAUAGGGGUGCCAAUUCCAUCUGAAAUUGGCAUGCUGACAGAACUAAAACUCCUUGGUUUGGUAAACUGGAAUAUUCACGGAACUAUUCCAAGCCAGCUUGGAAAGUUAGGGGACGUGUUGACUAGCCUGGACUUGCGUGGGAACUCAAUCUCUGGAAGUUUACCACAUGCCUUGUGGGAGUUGACCAAUCUGGUUGGUUUACAUCUGGGCUCCAACAUGUUAGAUGGAACACUCCCACAUGAUCUUUUUUCCAAACUUACAAAACUAACAAGACUAUGUAUCAAGAACAAUAAUUUUUCAGGUUUGAUCCCUCCAGAAGUUGGUUUGCUGUCCAGCCUCAAGCAGCUAGAACUGCAAAAUACCAACCUUGCAGGGACACUUCCUGCAGAACUACUUGUGCUGGAAAACUUGACCAGUGUGGUUCUCCAAAACACGUCCUUAUGGGGCAGCAUUCCUGGAGAAAUGUGUGACAAAUUACACCAGCUAGAAAUGAAAUGCAUUGUUGGAGGUCCAACAUGCCAAGUCUUGCAAGUGAAAACCAAUACAACUGUCUGCCAUGGAACUUCCCUUUGCGGAUGUGAUUGUGCUCCUUGCCCAGGAAACUAG